CUGGUCCUGCUGGUGCUCCAGGUGAUUCCCGAGAUCUCGUCGCUGUCCUGGUUCACCACCGUGGUGCCCCUGGCGCUGGUGCUGUCCGUCACCGCUGCCAAGGAUGCCACCGAUGACAUCAAUCGCCACCGGAGUGACAAUCAAGUCAACAACAGAAAAGUCCAAGUCCUCAUCGAUGGAAAACUGCGCAGCGAGAAGUGGAUGGACGUGCAGGUGGGAGACAUCAUCAAGCUGGAAAACAACCAGUUUGUCACGGCCGACCUUCUCCUGCUGUCCAGCAGUGAACCGCUCAACCUAAUCUACAUUGAGACAGCAGAGCUGGACGGUGAGACCAACUUGAAGGUACGCCAGGCCCUGCCGGUGACCGGGGACCUCGGCGAUGACGUCAGCAAGUUGGCGGGCUUUAAUGGCGAAGUCCUCUGCGAGGCUCCCAACAAUCGGCUGGACCGCUUCGCAGGGACGCUGGCCUACGCAGGGCAGAAGUACGCCCUGGACAACGAAAAGAUCCUGUUGCGAGGCUGCACCCUGAGGAACACCGAGUGGUGCUUCGGACUGGUGCUGUUUGGAGGUCCCGAAACCAAGCUGAUGCAGAACUGCGGCAAAAGCGCUUUCAAAAGGACCAGCGUGGACCGGCUGAUGAACGUCCUCGUUCUCUGCAUCUUCGGCUUCUUGGCGCUCAUGUGUACCAUCCUGGCCAUCGGCAAUUACUGCUGGGAGCUGGGCGAGGGCUCGGCGUUCACCCUUUUCCUGCCCAGGCAGAACGGCCACGAUGCCGCCUUCUCCUCCUUUCUCACUUUCUGGUCCUACGUCAUCAUCCUCAACACGGUGGUGCCCAUUUCGCUCUAUGUCAGCGUGGAGUUCAUCCGCCUGGGCAACAGCUUCUACAUCGACUGGGACCGCAAGAUGUACCACUCUCGCAGCGACACCCCCGCCGAGGCGCGCACCACCACGCUGAACGAGGAGCUGGGCCAAAUCAAGUACGUGUUCAGCGACAAGACGGGCACGCUGACGCAAAACAUCAUGACCUUCAACAAGUGCUCCAUCAACGGCAAGACGUACGGUGACGUUUUGGACCGCAUGGGCCAGAGGCUGGAAGUGAAUGCGCACACCGAGACGGUGGAUUUCUCCUUCAACCCGCUGGCGGACCCCCGCUUCACCUUCCACGAUCACGCCCUAGUGGAGGCCGUCAAGCUGGAGAUCCCCGAGGUGCACGCCUUCUUCCGACUGCUCGCCCUCUGCCACACCGUCAUGGCGGAGGAGAAGAAAGAAGGCCAGCUCUCGUACCAGGCCCAGUCGCCCGAUGAGGGCGCCCUGGUCACGGCCGCCAGGAACUUCGGCUUUGUCUUCCGCUCGCGGACGCCCGACAGCGUCUCCGUUGUGGAAAUGGGCCGGCAGUGCACUUACAAACUCUUGGACAUCCUGGAUUUCAACAAUGUCCGCAAGAGGAUGUCCGUCAUCGUUCGCAGUCCCGAGGGGAAGCUGUCGCUGUUCUGCAAGGGAGCCGACACCAUCAUCUACGAGAGGCUUCACCGCUCCUGCGCCAAACUGAUGGACGUCACCACGGAGCACCUCAACGAGUUUGCGGGGGAAGGCCUGCGGACCCUGGCGCUGGCCUACAAAGACCUGGACGAGGACUUUUUCCUCGGGUGGCAACGGCGCCACCACGAGGCCAGCGUGGCGCCGCACCAGCGCGAGGCCAAACUGGAGCAACUAUACGAGGAGAUCGAGAGCGACCUGCUGCUGCUGGGGGCCACGGCCAUAGAAGACAAGCUGCAGGACGGAGUGCCGCAGACCAUCGAGCAGCUGUCCAAAGCCGACAUCAAAAUCUGGGUUCUCACGGGCGACAAGCAAGAAACGGCGGAAAACAUUGGCUACUCGUGCAACCUGCUGAGCGAGGAGAUGAACGACGUCUUUGUCAUUGGCGGCAACUCGCCGGACGACGUCAGGCAGGAGCUCAGGAACGCACGCGGUUCCAUGAAACCCGGUGCCGCCGAGGAUUGUGCAUUUUUGCCAGCGAGGAUUCUGGGAAAAAGUGCGCAGGCCAUCGCGGAUGAAGCGGUGAACGGCGACUUUGGCCUCGUCAUCAAUGGACACAGUCUGGCACACGCGUUGGACCGCAGCAUGGAGCAGGACUUCCUGCGCACGGCGUGCAUGUGCAAGGCGGUGAUCUGCUGCCGCGUGACGCCGCUACAGAAGGCGCAGGUGGUGCAGCUGGUCAAGACGUACAAGCGCGCCGUCACGCUGGCCAUCGGCGACGGCGCCAACGACGUCAGCAUGAUCAAAGUGGCGCACAUCGGCGUGGGCAUCUCGGGCCAGGAGGGCACGCAGGCCGUUCUGUCCAGCGACUACUCCUUCGCGCAGUUCCGCUUCCUGCAGCGCCUCCUGCUGGUGCACGGCCGCUGGUCCUACCUGCGCAUGUGCAAGUUUCUACGCUACUUCUUCUACAAGAACUUCACCUUUACCUUUGUCCACUUCUGGUACGCCUUCUUCUGCGGCUUCUCCGCACAGACGGUGUAUGACGAGUUGUUCAUCACGCUGUACAAUCUGGUGUACACGGCGUUACCUGUGCUGGGAAUGAGCCUCUUCGAUCAGGACGUGAACGACGCGUGGAGCUUCCAGCACCCUCAGCUGUACGUGCCGGGCCAGCUCAACCUGUACUUCAGCAAGAUGGCCUUCUUCAAGUGCGCCUUGCACAGCUGCUACAGCUCCCUGGUGCUCUUCUUCAUCCCGUACGCCGCCGUCGGCCAGGCGGCCCGCGCCGACGGCCGGGAUGUGGCCGACUACCAGUCCUUCGCCGUCCUCACGCAGACCUGCCUGCUCUUCGCCGUCACCCUCCAGCUGGGCUUGGAGAUGUCCUACUGGACGGCGGUGAACGGCCUCUUUGUGGUGGGCAGCCUGGUCAUGUACUUCGCCGUCACCUUCACCAUGUACAGCAACGGCCUGUUCCUCGUGCUGCCCUCGGCCUUCCCCUUCAUAGGCACCGCGAGGAACACGCUGAGUCAGCCCAACAUCUGGUUGACCAUUGGGCUCACCUCCAUUUUGUGCAUCCUUCCUGUCGUCUCCUAUCGCUUCCUGUUGAUCCUGCUCCGCCCCACCAUCAAUGACAAGGUCAUGUUCAAGGCCCGGCAGCCCAAAGACACGCGGCAGGCGCUGAGCAGGAAAGAGUCGGCGGUCAACAUGGAAAAGUUGAAAAAGUUUGCCGCCCGAAGAAAAUGGAAACAAUCGGUGCGCCUCAUCUCCUUGUGCAAGCGCCUGUCACGCUCCUUCCUGUCCAGAAGCAACGUGAGCGUGGCGCGCAGUGACGACACGCUGGAUGAGGAGGACUCGUUUGUGAUGAAGGCCAUCAUCCACGCCAUCAACGACGACAACGUUCCGGGCUUGCGGCAUCUGCUGGGCUCGCUGAGCGGCUACGACGUCAACCAGCCCAACAAGCGCGGCACGCCGCCGCUGCUGGUCGCCGCCGGCUGCGGCGGCGUCGACGUCGUCCGGCUGCUCGUGGCCAAAGGAGCCUGCGUUCAAGCGCACGACAAGAGCGGCGCCAACGCCAUCUACUACGCGGCGAGACACGGCCACGUGGACACUCUGAAAUUCCUCCAUGCCAACAAGUGUCCCCUGGAUGUCCAAGAUAAGUCGGGAGAAAGCGCUCUCCACGUGGCGGCCCGCUACGGCAACGCCGACGCGGCUGGCUACCUGUGCGGCGCCGGCGCCGACCCGGACCUCAGCGACAGGGAGCAAGAGACGGCUCUGCACUGCGCCGCCUGGCACGGCUACUCGGCUGUGGCGCGGGUGCUGUGCCGGGCCGGCUGCCGCGUGGACGCCAAGAACCGCGAGGGCGAGAGCGCCCUCCUCACCGCGUCUGCCCGCGGUUUCGUGGACAUCGUGGAGUGCCUGGCGGAGCACGACGCCGACCUGGAGACCGUCGAUAAGGACGGCCGCACGGCCCUGCACCUGGCCGUGCGGCGCUGCCAGCUGGAGGUGGUCCACUGCCUGCUGGCGCGAGGCUGUCAGUUGGAGCGCCAGGAUCGCCACGGCAACACGCCGCUGCACAUCGCCUGCAAGGACGGAAACGUGGCCCUGGUCGCCGCGCUCUGCGCCGCCCGAGCCGUCCUCGACAUCCCCAACAAGUACGGCCGCACCGCCCUCCACCUGGCGGCCGGCAACGGUGGCCUGGAAGCGGUGCGUCACCUCUGCCUGUGCGGAGCCAACACGGAUGCCGUCACCAACGAUGGCAAAAGCGCGGAGGACUUGGCUGCGGCGGAGCAACAUGACGCUGUGGUGGCCUUGUUGGGGAAGCUUAAAAAGGACAACCACAGGCUGGCCUUCAUCCAGCAGCUGCGCCCCACGCAGACGGCGCAGCCGCGCAUCAAGCUCAAGAUCUUCGGCCAGCAGGGGGCGGGCAAGAGCGCGCUGCUGGAGUCGCUCAAGUGCGGCAUCCUGCGCAGCUUCUUCCGCCGGCGCCGCACCGCGGCGCGCCCGAGCGACGCCUCGCGCCACCCCAACUCGCCGGUCAACUCCAAGCCCGCCGUAUCGGCGAGCAACUCCAACUUGUACCCGGGCUGCGAGAACGUGAGCGUGCGCAGUCGCAGCAUGAUGUUCGAGCCCAGCCUGACCAAAGGCGCCCCGGAGGCGUUUUCGCCCGCGCACGGCGGCCUCUCGUCCUCUUCCGACGACGAGCAGGCCACCAGGGCCGUCGACGUCCAGCACGCCAACAUCCACGGCGUGGGAGAUUUCAGCGUGUGGGAGUUCUCCGGCAACCCGGCUUACUACUGCGCCUACGACUACUUUGCGGCCGACGACGCUACGGCGCUCCACCUGGUGGUCUUCAGCCUGGAGGAGCCGUACGAGAGCCAGCUGAGCCACGUCGGCUUCUGGCUCAACACGCUCAAGGCCCUCACGCCGCCGCCGCCGCGCAUCCUGUUCGGCGGGAGGGUCCGGCGGCCCCCGACGGUGGUCCUGGUGGCCACCCACGCCGACCUGGCGGACCUGCCCAGAUGUUUCUCCGGAGAGUUCAGCUACAAGAAAGAGAGAGUGCUCCUCAAGGAACUUAGGAGCAGGUUUGGAAAUGACCUGCAGAUCAGCGACAAGUUGUUUGUGAUGGACACCGGCGCCUCCAACUCCAAAGACAUGAAGCUGCUGAGGAACCAUCUGCAGGAGCUGCGCGCGCGCCUUAUCUCUGUGGGCACCAACACACGGGUCCGGCGGCCCCCGACGGUGGUCCUGGUGGCCACCCACGCCGACCUGGCGGACCUGCCCAGAUGUUUCUCCGGAGAGUUCAGCUACAAGAAAGAGAGAGUGCUCCUCAAGGAACUUAGGAGCAGGUUUGGAAAUGACCUGCAGAUCAGCGACAAGUUGUUUGUGAUGGACACCGGCGCCUCCAACUCCAAAGACAUGAAGCUGCUGAGGAACCAUCUGCAGGAGCUGCAGCUGCGGCGCCGUGACGCCGCUGUCGGAGCGCCUGCUGGCGGCGCUGCCCGCCUGGCGGAAGUUGAGCGGCCCCAACCAGCUGAUGUCGUGGCAGCAGUUUGUCCGCGACGUCCAGGAGAACAUCAACCCGCUGGUCAGCCAGCAGCACCUGAGAGGCCUGGCCUUGCAGCUGCACAGCAUGGGCGAGAUCCACAUCCUGCAGAGCGAAACGGUGCAGGACGUGGUCCUGCUGGAGCCGCGCUGGCUGUGCAGCGUGGUCUUGGGCCGCCUGCUGUCCGCCGAGACGCCCAAGGCCAUCCACCACUACAGGGGGCGCUACAGGCUGGAGGAGGUGCAGGCCCUGGCGCCCGACGGCGACGCCGAGGAGCUGCUGCAGAUUACGACGCCGAGGGGGCCGACGCCGACGCCGCCGCCGUCUACGGGGGCGUCCGGCUGGUGCCCGCCGAGCAUCUGGCCGCCUUCCCCUGCGGGUUGUUCCACAAGCUGCAGGUCAACCUGUGCCGAUGGAGUCGGCAGCCCAAGCCCGACCACCGCCGCGAGGAAGAAAGAGAGGCCGACGUUCACCUGUGGACAGACGGAGCCGAGGUGAGCCGGUUGGGCGCGGAGGCCACGGUGCUGCUGGUCAACCACGGCCAGGGCCUGGAGAUCCGGGUGCGCGGGCGCGAGUCCCGGCGGGCCCAGUGCUACGCCCUGCUGGACGCCGUGUGCGGCAUCGCCGAGAGCCUGCUGGCGUCCACGCUGCCGGGCCUGCUCACCGCCAAGUACUACCUGAGCCCCCGGCAGCUGCGCGAGCGCCACGCUCCCGUCAUGGCGUACCAGCCCAAGGACUUCCUUCGGGCGCAGCUGCAGAGGGAGACCUCGCUCGCCAACACCAUGGCGGGCUACAGGGAGAGCUUCAGCGCCAUCCUCGCCUUUGGCUCCGCGGAGGUGUACCAGCGCGGCGUGCUGGGCCCCGACGUGCACAUCGCCGAGGUGCCGCCGCUGGCCCGCCGCAAGCUGUGCCGCAUGCUGGACCCGCCCGACGCCCUGGGGAAGGACUGGUGCCUUCUCGCCAUGAACCUGGGCCUCAGCGAGCUGGUGGCAAAGCACGGCGGCGACGGGGCGGCUCCCGACGCCCCGCCCAGCCCGACGGCCGCCCUGCUGCGCGAGUGGAGCGGCCGUCCCGGCAGCACGGUGGGCGUCCUCGUGCUCAAGCUGCGGGAGCUGGGCCGGAGGGACGCCGCCGAUUUCCUGCUCAAGGCCUCGCCCGUCUUCAGAGUCCACGCGCGGGCCGACGGUGACGACGCCGCCGCCGCCUGCAAUGGCGGUACGUCCUACCACUCCAUCAGCUCCGUCGUUUCCCGCUAAAAAAAGAAGCUAGGAGUCCGACUCCUCUCACGUCCGUCGUUUGCUUCCGUCGUGAAUGCGGUCCAAGAGCUGAUUGCCCCCCCCCCCCACCCCCAAGUGAUGGUCUGAGCCCCUUUCACGCAAGCCGCCUUUUUUUUGCCCUUUUGGCGAUAAAGUACCGAGCCGUGCGGGGGGGAUUCGGACCCAUUUCCAACAUGCUAAUAGGCUGGCCACUUUGGCUCAAAAGACAGCGAAUUCCGCAACGCCCGCAACGGGGGAGCUGGAGUUUCACACGCCUCGUUCAUUUUGUGUCGAAAGCCAUUGUCGCAGAUGUCGCUUCCAAGUCUCUCGUUGGGUGGAACCGCAACAGCCGCGCAGGCGGCGGCUUUCCGCUCGGCUUUCGGAAAGGCGCCGGAAAUAAAUGCCGGCUCUACCGUUCCGCCUGGAGUGCGCCAAUUUACCAGGAAUGCAAGUGCAAAAGGGGCCAGCCUCCGCCCAACCGGCGUGCCUCUAAAGCCCCUUUCACCCUGGCCAUCGAUGCCGAUUGGGGGCGGUUGAAAUCCACCCGCGAAUUCAACGGUUCCGCCUCCGGCCGUGUGGAAGGGGCUUCCAAACUCCGCUUUGAGUCACCUCCUUGUGCCGCUCUUGGGACUGUGUUCACGCUUGGAAUUUGCUGGCGGUCAUCUGAUGGCGCGCGCCGAGGCUGUGCUCCGCGCGGAAGGCACCGAUGGACGAAUGCUCUUCUGACGUGCAUCUCGCCUCGGAUGUGUCGAAAGCGAUGGCGAUGUUUGGUCACAGGAUGAUGCGUGAAGCCUUGUCGGUGUGAAAUGGUGUACCGGCACUGCGAUACCCCACCUUCGUUCGCUUCUGCGUGAAAGGCAAAGACUCUUUGAAGGGACCCACACGAUAAAUGCGAACGCAGCCGCUAUGUCCACUAUGUAUGUCUGAUAGCGUUUAGCGCACGUCCUCGUCUACCUUUUCCCGCAGCCAAAGUGAUGCCGUAAUCACCGCGCGUUCAUCUCGGCCUUUUUAUCCGUCUCCCUGCAGCAUUUCAUCCCAGUGCCUUUGCGGCCUUCUACCUCCCCCAAGCACAAAUGAGAGCAGGUGUGCCUUGUCCGCACAAAAAAAAAAAA